AUGGAUCGACUCUCCGCCGCCCUUCCAGCGCACAAGAGCGCGUUCUUUUCCGCCUCCGUUCCACUCAGCACGCGCGCGGUAGCGCCACCCCGGCACGCGGCUUCCCCCUCCACGCUUCCCCCCAUCUCCAACAUCUUCUUCCUCCGCCCGCGGGCCCCCCCGCCGCCGCCGCCGUCGCAGGAGCCGCCGAGCACGGGGAAGGUCCCCGCGCCGGGGCGGUACGGCGGGGCGCCGCUCGACAAGCGGAUUCGGCAAUCGUGGGGCGGGAAGGAGGAGGAUCCGUUGGAGUCGGGCGAGUAUAUCUGGAACACGGAGUGGAAAAAAACAGUCACGGUGGACGAUGCUGACAAGAACAAGGCGGCAGCAGAGGAUCCAAUCGCAUCAGCCGUGUCGUCCAACGACCCCGGCACUUCUGACGGCGGUUUCCUCUCCCUCGGCCGCUCGCUUGCCCUCGACAGCAUGGACGUGGAUCUGAGUGCGGAGCUGAACCGCCCCAGCAAGGCCACUCUGGAGAAGCAGGUGGAGGCAGCCCGCCGUGCAGCUGGCAUGCAGGCACAGCAGGCGAGCAGUGAGGGCAAGAUCAAGUGGCGCUAUGCCCCGACCACCAAGGAGGAGAGGCAGUGGGCCGAGGCCAACAGGAAGAGCGCCAAGAUGGUUAUGGCGUUUGUGGAGAAGGAGGAGCCGCUCACCCCGCAGCAGAUAGCAGAAAGAGAGAGGCAGCAGUAUGAGAAGCUGAAGCAGAGCCUGGUGCUAACGACGCUGGGGUUGGGAGUGGUGUUCACAGGCACUGCUGCUGUGCUCUACAGCCCUGAGGUUGCUGUCAGCUAUGCGGUGGGCGCAGUGGGGUCACUGGUGUACGUGCGCAUGCUCUCGUCCAGUGUGGAGGCGCUGGGAGCUAACUCUGUUCAGGGCGCUGUCAGGGGAGCUGUGGGUCAGCCCAGGCUGUUAGUGCCGGUGGUGCUCGUCAUGGCGUUUAACAGAUGGAACGAGAUUCUGGUGCCGCAGUACGGAGCAGUGCCUCUAGAGCUCAUCCCCAUGCUAGUGGGGUUCUUCACAUACAAGGCAGCCACCAUCACCCAAGCAUUACAGGACAUGCUUGCUCCCUUGGCUUCCCCUCCUUCUGCCUCCUCCUCCACCUCCUCAGCCUCCUCCGAAUCUUCCGCUGGCCCCUCCGCCGCUCCCCCGACUUCCUCCACAAUCUCGACGGUUCCCGUUGAUUCCGCCUUCCCCGCUUAUCCCGCGCACCCUUCUCGCUCUGCGUAUUCCGCUCACCCCUCUCACUCCGCUCAUUCCGCGCAUCCCUCCCCCCCCGCUCAUUCCGCGCCUUUCGCCGGUGACACUGGGCGCGGGGCCGCGCGGCGGAUCACCGCGCUCAUUGCGCGGCCACGGGAUGGCGGGCGGAGAUGGUAUGGCGGUGAUGCGAGUGGAAGGGGACGAGAUGCGGGCGAGGAGGAGGAGGUGGUUGUUUCAGGGGAGCUGGGAGGGCACGCAGGGGGGGGAGGGGAAGCGGGAGGUGAUGAUGAGGAAGAGAGAAGGGAAGCGGAUGUGGAGGCGGUGCGAGAGGAAGACGACGCUAGCAUGGACCUAUCAUGGCACCCCUCUGGACUGGUACUACUCGAGUUCCGUCCCUUCCUUCCUUACCCUUCCCCGUUCCUCAAUCUUGCCCAUCCGCUCCUCGCCGUCUCCUCACCGCUCCCCAUCGCUCUCGCCCCACCCUUGUUCGCCCCACCCUUUCUCGCCCCACCCUUUGUCCGCCUGCUCUCCUCUCCUGCGCCCAUGCGACCCCCACCCCUCCCCUUCGUCCUCCCCUCUCUCCCCCAGCCGUCAGCGCGUCUCCCUUGCCUCACCCCAUCAGAGGCAGCGCAGCUACUGACCAAGGGGCGGGCGCGGGACAUCCGUAUACUACACUUUUCUCGCCUUCUCCCCUUUCUCCUCCUUUCCUUUCCUCCUCACGUCCCCCUCUUUUCCGCCCCCCCGCUCCUCCCCGCCUUCCCCCCCCUCCUCCUCUCCUCUCUCCUCCCCUCCCAGCCGUCAGCGAGCCUGCCCAGUCUCUCCCCAUCAGAAGCAGCGCAGCUACUGACCAAGGGGCGGGCGCGGGACAUCCGCAUACUGAACGUCGCAGGGCGCUGCCAAUGGGCGGAGCACCUGGUGCUUGCAAGUGCCCACUCCACGCGCCACGCCAGAGGGCUCGCCGCAGGGCUGGCUUACGAGUUGAAGCAGCGGUAUGCGAGGCAGGGCAUGGCAGCGCACGCGCCAGAGGUGGAGGGCAAGGAGGCGGAGCACUGGAUGCUACUGGACUGCGGGCGCACGGUGGUGCAUGUGAUGACGGAGGAGGGCAGGCGGAGGUACAAGGUGGAGGCGCUGUGGGAGGGCAAGGGGGAGGGAGGGGAGAGGGGGGAGGGGGGGGAGGAGAAAACUGAUGCUGAUGCUGAUGCACGGGCGUUGUGA